CCGCAGUCGACCGCGCCGCCCCGCCCCGCCCGUCAUCUCUCCUCACCUCAGGAGGGCCCCACCCCUCUGCCGGCUCUGUAACUCGGGGGGCGCGGCGCGGGAGGCGCUGCAGUGACCCCGUGGCGGCGACGACGAUGGACAGGGAGCCGGCGGGCCGUGCAGAAGGAGAAGCAGUGGCAGCGGCGGGAGCCGCGGCCGCCGUGGCGUUCGGGGACGCGGCGCGGCAGAUGAGUAAUGAAAGAGGCUUUGAAACUGUAGAACUGGGAGUCAUAGGAAAAAAGAAGAAAGUCCCAAGGAGAGUUAUCCACUUUGUUAGUGGUGAGACAAUGGAAGAAUACAGCACAGAUGAAGAUGAAGUUGAUGGCCUAGAGAAGAAAGAUGUUUUGCCUACUGUUGAUCCGACGAAACUUACCUGGGGCCCCUACUUAUGGUUUUACAUGCUUCGGGCUGCCACAUCAACCCUCUCAGUUUGUGACUUUCUUGGAGAGAAGAUUGCAUCUGUUUUGGGUGUCAGCACCCCAAAAUACCAAUAUGCCAUUGAUGAGUAUUACCGGAUGAAGAAGGAGGAAGAAGAAGAAGAAGAAGAAAACAGGAUGUCUGAAGAAGCAGAAAGACAGUAUCAACAAAAUAAGCUGCACACUGAGUCCAUUGUUCAGACAGAUCAACCAGAAACAGGGGUAUCCAGUUCAUUUGUGAAUAUUAAUUUUGAAAUGGAGGAAGACUGUGAAGCAAUUAAGGAAAGCAAACAAAACCCAGUCUCUGUCCCACCAUAGAAUGAAAUGACUAUCAAAACAUCAAACCCUAAGGUUUUUUAUACCAGGAACAUUUCAUAUUCUCUAUUCAGUGUGACUUAAAACAAUUAUUUAUAUUUUAAAUUAUUAUCUGGAAAGGGAAAAUGUUUCCUCAUUCUUAGGCUCUGUGUAGGAAAAAUCAGACCUGAACUUUGGAUAUUUAUACUGUAUUUUUACUGUGUCAAAUUAGUGGGUUUUUUUUUCCCCUCUUUGCACUGCUGGGGCUCAAACCCAGCCUCUGUGGAUGGUAAGCAAGCUCUCUGACUGAGCUAUAUUGUCAGCCCAGUGCUUUGGUUUUAAAAUGAUCUUUUUAAAAAGUUGGUAUUGUAGAGCCCUAGUCAGUUAAGAAGAGUUAAAUUAUCAAGCUAGUCUAUUUGUUCCCCAAAAAUCUAAGUUGAUGAAAGCUAAUUGGAUUUGAUAAUCCUAUAGACUCAAAUGAAAAUGAGGAAUUUUCCCCCUACAUUUUCUCAUGUUAUCCUUUGCAUUUAGUAUAUCUAUUAAUUUCACACUAAGAAUGGUGUGCUGAUUGAAUAAUAAAAAAGGAGCAAGAUGGAAGCACUUUGAAUUUUCGUUCAUUGAGAAGCACUAUUUUAUGGAAAACCCUGACAUUAAGAUGGGAUUUCAUUUUUAAAGACAUUUAAUUUUGUAUUCUUUUCACUAGUUGUUCAAAUUAAGUAAGUAGUUGAAUGCAUUUAUUAAUGUAUUUAUAAUCAAAUGGUAAAAAUCUAAUGAUUAUCUACAUGGUAUACUGGUAUGUCACUCAUUCAGCCCUUCAUGUGUCCUAGUGGCAAAGUAGUUGUGGGAUAGGGAAUUGAGGGACAUAGGUAGAGUUAACCCAUCAGGAGCUGUUAAAUAUUAUACAGGGUACAAUAGUAACAAUAAAAUUACUUAUCAUUCACAGUAGCAACAGUAAAAUGGACAGUUUAUUUGAAUCAUGUCGGCUAUUUCCAUCUACUAGGUUAUUCACAAAUUUUACAAGGCUAUAUGAAGUUUAUUUUGAAGAUAUUCCUAAAUGUGUAUACAGAACCUUGUGAAAUUGCUGUAUGACUUUGACUUAUAACUAAACAUGGAUAAAGAAAAGUGUGUGGAGUAUUUUAGAAAUGCUGAUCUUAAAAAGUCUUUUCUCAAACUUAAGAGCUUUUAGAAAUUAAUGGUUAACACUCUGAACAGCAUUAAGGUUUCAAGCUUAAAUUUGGGUAAAAUACAGCUUAAGAGAAACUCAAAGCACGUGUAUAGUGGGAUUAUGGAAAUCUGUUAUCAAUGAACAUAAAUUAAGUUCAAAUUUUAUUCUUUAGUUGUAUGGAUUCAUGGUAUGGUGGUUCAGAAUAUGUGAUGAUAAUCUUUUUAUUCAUGGGUAUAAACUAUAUAGCUCAAUGCUUAAAGGAUUAAUCUUUAGAUUAUAUAAUUAAUGUCACUAUAAAUUAGUUUACUAACAGCUCUAAAACAUGCUAGCCUGACCUCUUCCUUCCAUUUUGUUUUAACUUAGAGAUAGUACCUAAACUCAGAUAUUUAUUUGGUUGUUAGGUAAAGACAGGUGUGUGUCUAGGAGUGAUCUUCUGAAUUUUCUCUUCCUAAGGGCAUUAGUAUCUAAAAGAGUUUACAAACUUUUCUUACUAUAACAGAAGGGAGAUAAGUGAUGUUUCUUGAAUUUUACUUUCACUACUUGUCCUAUUGUGGCCAGUUAAUAAUGCUUAUAGUGCCUUAAAUUUUUAUAUUUUGUUUAUUCAAACUAUGAAAUUUCCCAUAAAUGCAUUAAACGGUUUGUCUUAUUUUAAGCCUCUUUCACUUUUUCCUACUUUUUAAUCCUUUGAAGAGUUACUUUCCCUGGAUUGCAGUUCCUAACAUUCUACUUCUAAUCUUCUCAUAAAAACUAUGCAGAAGCUGGGCCUAGUGGUACAUGCCAUAAUCUUAGCACUCAGGAGGCUGAGGCAGGAAGAUCAUGAAUCUAAGGAGGCCAGCCUGAGUUACAGCAAGACCCUGUCUCAACCAAAACUAGAGCUGGGGGCAUGGCUGAAGUGGUAAAGCAACUGCCUAGCAAGCACAAGGUCCUAACCCCAGUACUUCAAAGAAUAAAAUAAAACUAAACACACUAGUAUAGUGGAAAAACCUUUAUAAUGAAUUAACAAGUUCUCUAACAAACAUACUUAAAAAUGGAGUUACAGUUUCGUAAAUGUAACCCUAGUACUGGUUAAAUUUUUU